AGAUUCACAUUGACAUUCGAUUAAUACAAUUGAAUUAAGUGGGUGAAGAAAAAAAAAGUCAAAUUAACUCUCGAAAAUAUAACAAAGUUAAUUAUCGAAAGAAAAAAAUAAAGAUGAACAAUUUAGUUAUUACAAUCGUUUUACUCGCCUCGGUGGGUUCCCUUCAUGGUUACAUCGUUCCUGGACAAACCUCAUCUUCCUCAUCUUCACACAAAUUUGAAUCAAGUUCAUCAAACCUCGGACCCAAUGGUGAAAAGGUUGUCACCUCUGAAUACCGAUCAUCAGUUAAUGGCUCACCUGUUGUCUCAUACAGUCAAUCAUCUUCAUCUGGUUCUGGUUCUGGUUCCUCACUUUUGAGUGUCGGUGGUUCAUCUGGACAACAAAAAGGGUCAUCAUCCCUCUUGUCAGUCUCUUCAGUCGCUCCCGUCAUCUCUGGUUCCUCUGGUUCCUCUGGUUCAUCUUCAAGCCAAUCUUCAUCUUCCUCUUCCUCAUCAGGCUCAUCAGGAUCUCCAAGACCCUUUAUCUCCCUUCCCUUGAUCCCCGUUGGAGGAAUUACUAACUCUGGCUCAGAUUCUUCAUCAUCUUCUUCAACCGUUUCAUCAUCAAACUCUGGAUCUUCAUCAGCAGUCAAAGAUUCAUCUUCAGCUUCAUCAACCGCUGUUGCCGUUUCAGAAGAAGAAGAAGAAGACGAUUUAUCACUUGCCCCACCCCGAGGACCUCAUGGACACCCUGGACCCUGUGGACCAGCCAUUGGUUGUGAUGAUAAAGUUGUUGUUAUUGUUGUUGGAGGAGGUAAUGGACCACACAACCGAUGGGGUCGAUUUGCUCGAAAUUCAUUAGGCCGAGUUGGUGCUCGAUUAUCUGCCGCUUCUGAUGAUGAAGAUGAAGAAGAAGAAUACCGACGACGAUUCCGAGGUUCACGACGAUCAAACUUCAACUCCCGACGAUCAGACUCAUCUCGAUCUGCUUCAAGUUCAGACUCAUCAAACACCCGAUCAUCAUCUGUCUCAAAUAACUCAGACUCACGACGAUCAAGUUUCGACCGAAAUGAUAACCGACGAUCAUCUUCAUACGAAAACAACAACCGAUCAGAAAACAACCGACGAUUUGCCCGAUCACACAGCUCAAACGAAGAAAAUGUUUCAUCAAAUGAUUCACGAAACUACAACCGACGAUCAUACAACUUGGACAACCAAUACGAUUCAGUCAACAAUGUCAACAAUGUAGUUAACAGAAUCAACCGAAUUAACCGAAUCAACCACGUUAACAAUGUAAACAAUGUCGAAAACCAAGUUGAUAUCAACAAAUCAUCAUCAUCAGUCUCAAAAAAUAGCUCAGUUAACAAUAUUAACAACGUUUCAAAGGUCUCAGAUGUCCGAUCAUCAGUUAACAACCAAGCCUCAUCUUCAAAUGUCGCUAACACCAACAACGUUCACCGAUCAAACAAUGUCCACAAUUCCGUAAACAACCAAUCAUCAAACAAUCACGUUUCACGAUCAUCUGAUGUUCGAUCUUCAGUUAACAACAGUAACAAUGUCCAACGAUCAAACAGCAACAAUGUUUCAUCAAACAAUGUCCACAAAUCCUCAGAUGUCCGAUCAUCAGUCAACAACCAAGCUUCAUCAUCAAAUGUCGCUAACACCAACAACGUUUCACGAUCAAACAAUGUCCAAAACUCAGUAAACAACGUUCACAAAUCAUCUGAUGUCCGAUCUUCAAUCAAUAACUCAGCUUCAUCAUCAAACGUAGCCAACAGCAACAACGUCCAACGAUCAAGCAAUGUCCAAAAAUCUGUAAACAACCAAGUUUACAACAACAAUGUCCAAAAAUCAUCAGACGUCCGAUCAUCAGUAAACAACCAAGCUUCAUCAUCCAACAUCGCUAACAGCAACAAUGUCCAAAACUCAGUCAACAACCAAGAUUACAGCAACAACGUUUCAAAGGUCUCAGAUGUCCGAUCAUCAGUUAACAAAGCCUCAUCUUCAAAUGUCGCUAACACCAACAACGUUCACCGAUCAAACAAUGUCCACAAUUCCGUAAACAACCAAUCAUCAAACAAUCACGUUUCACGAUCAUCUGAUGUUCGAUCUUCAGUUAACAACAGUAACAAUGUCCAACGAUCAAACAGCAACAAUGUUUCAUCAAACAAUGUCCACAAAUCCUCAGAUGUCCGAUCAUCAGUCAACAACCAAGCUUCAUCAUCAAAUGUCGCUAACACCAACAACGUUUCACGAUCAAACAAUGUCCAAAACUCAGUAAACAACGUUCACAAAUCAUCUGAUGUCCGAUCUUCAAUCAAUAACUCAGCUUCAUCAUCAAACGUAGCCAACAGCAACAACGUCCAACGAUCAAGCAAUGUCCAAAAAUCUGUAAACAACCAAGUUUACAACAACAAUGUCCAAAAAUCAUCAGACGUCCGAUCAUCAGUAAACAACCAAGCUUCAUCAUCAACAUCGCUAACAGCAACAAUGUCCAAAUCAGUCAACAACCAAGAUUACAGCAACAACGUUUCAAAGGUCUCAGAUGUCCGAUCAUCAGUUAACAACCAAGCCUCAUCUUCAAAUGUCGCUAACACCAACAACGUUCACCGAUCAAACAACGUCCACAAUUCCGUAAACAAUCAAUCAUCAAACAAUCACGUUUCACGAUCAUCUGAUGUUCGAUCUUCAGUCAACAACCAAGCCUCAUCAUCAAAUGUCGCUAACACCAACAACGUCUCCCGAUCAAGCAAUGUCCAAAAAUCAGUCAACAACCAAGCCUACAACAAUAACGUUCAAAAAUCCUCAGAUGUCCGAUCAUCAGUUAACAAUCAAGCUUCAUCAUCAAACGUCGCCAACUCAAGCAACGUCCAACGAUCAAGCAAUGUCAACAACUCCGUCAACAACCAAGCUUACAGUAACAAUGUCUCAAAGGUCUCCGAUGUCCGAUCAUCAGUCAACAAUCAAGCUUCAUCAUCCAACAUCGCUAACACCAGCAAUGUCGCCCGAUCAAGCAAUGUCCAAAACUCAGUCAACAACCAAUCUUACAGCAACAAAGUUGCCAAGGUAAAUGAUUUCCGAUCAUCAGUCAACAACCAAGCCUCAUCAUCAAAUGUCGCUAGCACCAACAAUGUCCAACGAUCAAGCAACGUCAACAACUCAGUUAACAACCAAGCUUCAUCCGUAAACAUCAACAAAUCAUCUGAUGUCCGAUCUGCUAUCAACAACUCAGCUUUCUCAAACAAUGUCGCCAAGAGCAACGUUCAAUCCUCAGUCAACAAUGUCCAAAAAUCAUCUGAUGUCCGAUCUUCAAUCAAUAACCAAGCUUCAUCAUUGAACGUUGCCAACAGUAACAACGUCCAACGAUCAAGCAACAACCAAGUUUACAACAACAACGUUUCCAAGGUCUCCGAUGUCCGAUCAUCAGUCAACAACCAAGCUUCAUCAUCAAAUGUCGCUAACACCAACAACGUCCGAUCAAGCAAUGUCCAAAACUCAGUUUCAAACUCAGCUGUUAACAACAAUGUCCAAAAAUCAUCUGACGUACGAUCAUCAGUCAACAACCAAUCAUCAAAUGUUAACGUCAACAAAUCAGUCAACAACCAAGCUUACAGCAACAAUGUCUCAAAGGUAUCCGAUGUCCGAUCAUCAGUUAACAACCAAGCUUCAUCAUCAAACGUAGCCAACAGCAACAACGUCCAACGAUCAAGCAAUGUCCAAAACUCAGUCAACAACCAAGCCUACAAUAGUAACGUUCAAAAAUCCUCAGACCUCCGAUCAUCAAUCAACAAUCAAGCUUCAUCAUCCAACAUCGCUAACACCAGCAAUGUCGCCCGAUCAAGCAAUGUCCAAAAUUCAGUCAACAACCAAGCCUACAACAAUAACGUUCAAAAAUCCUCAGAUGUCCGAUCAUCAGUUAACAACCAAUCAUCAAACGUUAACAUCGCCAACUCAAGCAAUGUCAACAAAUCAGUCAACAACCAAGCUUACAGCAACAAUGUCCAAAAAUCCUCAGACGUCCGAUCAUCAGUAAACAACCAAGCUUCAUCAUCCAACAUCGCUAACACCAGCAAUGUCCAAAACUCAGUCAACAACCAAGCCUACAACAGUAACGUCCAAAAAUCGUCAGAUAUCCGAUCAGUCAACAAUCAAGCUUACAACAGUAACAUUGCCAAAUCAUCUGAUGUCCGAAGCUCGAUCAACAACCAAGCCUCAUCAAGCAAUUUCGCUAACUCAGUCAACAAUGCUUAUUCAUCAAACAAUGUUGCCCGAUCAAGUGACAUCCGAAAUGCCGCUUCAUAUGUUAACAAUCAAGCCUCAAGUAACAUCGCCAACUCAAACUCUGUUAGUCGAUCAAGCAAUGUCGCCAAUUCAGUAAACAAUGCUUUCUCAUCAUCUGAUGUCCGAGACUCACGAUCAUCAAUCAACAAUGCUUUCAAUUCAAACUCAGUCAGCAAAUCAGUCUCUGAUAUCCGAAACAGUCAAUCAUCAAGCGAUUACCAAAAUUCAGUAAACAAAUCAUUCAACUCACGAAACUCAUUAUCUGAUGUCCGAAACUCAGCCUUCUCUUCAGACUCUCGAUCUUCCUAUGAUGCUUCCCACUCUGCUAAAUCACACUCAUCUUCCUCAUCAAGCUUUGACGCUUCAAGCAAAUAUGCCGCAAGCCAUUCAGCUCUUAACCAAGUCAAUGGAUUAGCAACUUCACUUACCUCAAGCACUGGCGAUCUCGCUUCAUCCGUAACUAACACCGCUUCCAACCUUGUCACUGGUAUCACUGGAUCAUCAAACAGCAACGGUUUACUCGGUGGUAUCCUCGGUGGAGUCUCAAAAGACGGACUUGUCGGUGGUGUCUUAGGAACCGCUUCAAACCUUCUCGGUGGUAAUUCAGGAUCAUCUUCAUACAGCUCAUCCCGAAGCUCAUCAUCAGCCUCAGGAAAUGGACUUGUUGGUGGAGUCUUAGGAACCGCUUCAAACCUUCUCGGUGGUAAUUCAGGAUCAUCAUACAGCUCAUCCCGAAGCUCAUCAUCAGCCUCAGGAAAUGGACUUGUUGGUGGAGUCUUAGGAACCGCUUCAAACCUUCUCGGUGGUAAUUCAGGAUCAUCAUCAUACAGCUCAUCCCGAAGCUCAUCAUCAGGUAACGGACUUCUCGGUGCUAAUUCAGGAUCAUCAUCAUCUUCUUACAGCUCAGGAAAUGGAGGAUCCCUUAAUGGCGUUGUCGGAGCCGCUUCUAACAUCGUUGGAGGUGGAUCACGAUCUUCAUUCAGCUCAAGCUCAAGCUCAGGAUCAGGAUCAGGAUCAAGUUCAGGACUUGUUGGAAAUAUUUUAGGAUCUAACUCAGGCACAGGUAUUCUUGGAAAUAUCCUCGGUUAAUUAAAUAGUAGUAGAAACCAAUCAAUUCAAUUGUAAUGAAAAACCAAUGUGAUAAAUUAAGUGAAAAAUGUAAUCCGUUAAUCUUAAGCCUUUCAUUUUUAUCCUAAAAAUGAUUACCAAUAAACAGACAGGACUGUAAACUCCUUUACAACAAAA